UUGUCCCCAACCUCCCCGGUUGCGCUCGACGACGCGUGCAACCGCGCUUCGCAGGAAGGCGCGUCUCAUCUCGCAGGAUGCGUGCGGCUGCGCGUGCCCUACUAUCCUCUUACUCAACUAUCCUCUUACUACUUACCAGUAGAUACUGAUAGUAGCCUGGUUACGUACACAUUAUGUACAGCGGCGGGUAGAGAGGGGUCCGCACACCUGGCCGCCGCAGCUGCGACGCGGAUCUCACGCGCAGCUUCCUUAGAGCGCAUGCGUGAGCACGCACACACAUAA